UAAGUCCUGAGAUCGCUCCGCUGAAUCCGCCUGCGCGUCGCCACCUUCGUCGCCGCCGCCCCCUGUCCCAGCCCCCCCUCCCUGGGUUCCCUCAGCCCAGUCCGGUCCAGCCCGGUUCCCGGGAGGAUGAAGUUCGUGUAUAAAGAGGAGCAUCCGUUCGAGAAGCGCCGCUCUGAGGGCGAGAAGAUCCGAAAGAAAUAUCCGGACCGGGUCCCGGUGAUAGUAGAAAAGGCUCCCAAAGCUCGGAUAGGAGACCUGGACAAAAAGAAAUACCUGGUGCCUUCUGAUCUCACAGUUGGUCAGUUCUAUUUCUUGAUCCGGAAGCGAAUUCAUCUCCGAGCUGAGGAUGCCUUGUUUUUCUUUGUCAACAAUGUCAUUCCACCCACCAGUGCCACGAUGGGUCAGCUGUACCAGGAACACCAUGAAGAAGACUUCUUUCUAUACAUUGCCUACAGUGAUGAAAGUGUCUAUGGCCUGUGAAGCUGCUGCGCCUGUGGUGGGGGGUCCCAUUCUACAAAGAGAGAGGUGGCCCCCCCUUCCUUGACCUUCUCCCUUCAGGACCUGCACUUCCUAAUGUUUGAGGCUCUUCUCCAGAACCUCUUAGCAGGAGGGUUAAUGGGGGAGAUGGCUUCUAGUACCUCUCCUUUCUCCUUCCUUCCCCUUUCUUUACCACCUUUUCCUUUCUGCUUUAGACUUCUUGAUUGUCCAUCUCUGUCACAUCAAGUGAUUGUUUUGGUUUCUGUUCCUUUUCUAACUGCCAAGGGGCUCAGAACCCCAACAAUCUUUUCCUUUCACUACCUUUUUUUGGGGGUAAUGGAAGGGACUGAAAUUGUCGGGGGAAGGUAGGAGGCACGUCAAUAAAGAGGAAACCACCAAGUUGAACUG